CGGCAAAAAAGUCGAUCCUCUCGGAGCGGGCAAACGUCCUCCAUCAUCAUCAUCAAUCAAUACUCUAUAGAUCAUCAUGGCCCUCGAACCCAUGGACGUCAAGAACAUCAUCGUCUGGCUCCUCAAGCUCGCCGUCGCGGCGUUGUAUUACUACUCUGCGGCAGUCUCUGCCUCGGGGAAACAACCGGACCCCUGGACGGCGCUACUCGCGGCCGAGCUCCUCGAGGGCGCACUCACGGGUAUUUGGGCGUGGGUGGGCCACAAGUUCGUCUCGGACCAUGUCGCGCGGUCCAUCGGAUGGCCGACCGGGCACCGUUUCCAGAACGAGAUCGCGUGGAUGAACGCUGGCAUCGCCGUAGUCAUGGCCCACGGCCUAAUCAUCGGUAUGUUGAGCGGUCAGGAGAUCCGCUGGGACGCCGUCGUGGCGGCGGUCCUCACUCAGGGCACGAUUUAUCUCGGAUGCGCCGAGACGCACUUCAUCGCGAUUCAUGAAGAUGAAAAUUGGUGCGUUUCAAACGCGGGAUUCAUGCUCCUGAUGGUGGAUGACAUCGGCUCCGUCCUGCUCAAGGCGGCCCUACUUUUACUGGCGAGCGAUUACGGUGCGCAGCUCGACGCCGCACAACUGUACGCCACCGUCGCGGUACACUUAUCGGCUGUGUGGUUCACGUACCGCUACUUCACCGAGGUCUGGCCGAACCGCGAGAAGGUAUACGUCCCCGAGCCCUGGAAGGGCGACUGAGCUAGUAAAAC